AAGAAGACGAAGAAAGCAAAUGAGAAAAGUGGACCAAAUGUUUGCCGGCUUGCCGCUCUCGCGUUGAGUCUGGACUUUGAAAUCCCAGCAAUUUCUGUAUGUAGAAAACCCUCGGAGUUUCCGAAAAACCACUUCCAGUAAUUCUCCGUUGUCUGGGUCAGUAGCUGUUAGUAGGGUUUCUAAAAUGGUAACCGUAGAUUUUGUUGCAGACAAGAUACGAGGUUUCACGAAAUCGACCCAGGAGAUGUUCGACAGCGUCGUUCAUGGACGCCCUCGGCCUUCAGCUCGUCGACAUCCGAGCACCCAAGAGUGAGAAAUGUUCUGCUAGAAGUGCUUUUAUUGGAGGAAAUUCAAAAUUCAAGAUUGAAAUAUUGAAGCGGUUGCAACGAGAAGCGUUUUCGGAUUUGAUGAGACUGAGGGAUAGACAAGAUAAGGUUGAGAGAAUGGUUUCCUUGUAUGGAACAUCCAGGGGAAGUCCAUUCCAAGAAGCCAGCACCCUUGUAAGGGGAGAGGUUGAUCUCUUGGGUGCUUUCUUAUUCGUGCUUAAUAGUGAGGAUGAGGCUGAUCACAGCUCUGAUGCUCUUACUCGAGCUGGAAUGAGAACUGGGGUCGAUUCAAAGUUUGCUUUUGAAACUACUGUUCGGGAGAAUGAUACGCUUGUUGCAGAAUUUGUGGCCGGUCAAAAGCACAAGACUAGUCUUUCUGAUCUUUCAGAAUGCCCACUUUCUCUAGCAAAAGUUUCCUAUACGGCAAAUGUUAGCAACUGGUUAUCUGCAAUUGCAAUCCCAGUGGGAGCUCGGUGCAGGGAUGUUGCGGUUCUUACUAGUCCAUCUCACCAGGGAAAGGGCCUUACUGAUCUUUCAUCAUUUGGGCCACCUCUUCUAAAUCAACACAAUGGCAGUGCAAUUGGUUUAAUGGUGAAAAAAUCAAAUGUUGUUGCCUCAUUGGCUCAGUUUGUUUCCGGACUGGCAAUGCAAGCAGGUUCAGGUAGAGUUGGGCGCUGCUUGAGCACUUUUGGGCAAAUUGUCUAUCAACUUCCCGGAGGAACAAAGCUCUCGCUUCUUGGUUUGCACCAAAUACCUAAGUUAUCUAGUGAACGUGGUGAGCAUAGAAUUGGAGUUCUUACGAUUCCUUUAAGCAGUUUGGUGCGUCACAAGCCCCCUGAGCCAACGGUUGAGGGCAGUUUGACACAGCACACCUCCCCCGAGACAAUGGUUGAAGCCCUUGUUCCACCCCUAGGAACAAAUUCACAGGACAAUGGGUCAACUGGAUCUGUUGCUCUGAUGUUGGAAUCAGAAAUCGAUGAGUUCACAAAGCUUGGGGGUUGGAUUGAGAUGAAGCAGUCGAAUCCCAAGCAUUUAGAAUGGGCGGUGACCGUUGCUGAUGAUUCGGAAGAUUCAGUUGGAUGGGGAAUAGGUUUAAAUGGGAUACUUGCAGGUCCAAACUUAUGGGACCGUUUUCAGGCUGAAUCGUACUUCAAAUUUAACUUGGGUAAGAGGUUCAAUGUAAAGCCAGGGGUUGCAUAUAUAAGGGAUGGGAAUGCCAAAAUGACCGCCUUUAUGCUGCGGUCAAACUGGUCUCUUUGAUUGAGAAAACGAUCAAGUUGCAGGUCGUUUGUUUAGCUCGCGGUUGAAGACGUGCAAAUCUGUAUGCCAGACACCGAUCCUAUGUCGUUAGUCUUGAUCAUAGUUAUUGUUUAUGUGGAAGAGGGAAAUUAUGUUUUAGAGAACACCUGCAUAUGAUGUUUCAUUGACUAAUCGAGGUGGCUCUAUAGAUGAAGCACUUGGGGCUGUUGAUCAUGUCAACAUUUCAUGAGACGUAGAUCUUUGACCCUAUGAAUUUACUUGAAGAGCAGCAAACUUGUGCGCUA